AUGAAGGCUCUAGGUAAAGUUUCCACAUCCACUUAAAUGUUUUCCCUAGGUUAUAACAUUGCUAUCACCACGUUAUGGCAUUCUUUUAAAUAGGAGAACUCAGAGGAAAUUGAAAUACAGGACACCAAAUGACAACCUUUAGCUAUAACACAGCCUAAGUAACACGAUCUUAAUCAUGUUUCUUUUUCUACCACAGCGAGAUGGUUCCCCUAUUGUGUUGGGGGAACCAGUGAGAAUAAAGGAACCAAGAAGGCAUGGCGUGAGCAGGACCAGCUGAAUGUGUGCCAGUUUCUCCAGGACUACCACAAAGAAAGAGCUGGCAGAGGGCAUUGGGGCAGAGGAGGAGGAGUGCACAGAGCACCCAGGUUAGUUAGGGGGCUCGCUUUCUGGCUGCCACACUAUUCCCCUGGGAGAUCAUUUCUCACACUGAUGCACAACAUUAACGCAAUACUUGGUGAAGCUUCUUAGUACUACUGUGCCAUGAAUAAAUUUCACUCAUGCUGUUUUCCUCACAGCUGGGUCCCUAGUCAUUGCACUGCUUUUUAGGCAUCGGCAGAUUUUGUGUGGUGUGCUGCUCACAGUUCAAGUCAUGUUUCACAAAUGUAUUGAAAGCUGUUCUGCAGAAAUCAGAAUCCAUCAGUGUUAUGACUCGCUACGUUCCUUGCACUGCAUUGAAGUGUUCUGUGGUUGUUAUUUCAGAGAUCCCACCUCCGAUGGAUUUUGAAGAAGACAUGGAGGGUCCUGAUGUGAAAGCUGAACUCCCAGCCCACCUCACCAUAGCCAAAGAUGUCAUGGAACGCUGCAUUCACCUGCUCUCCGACCUCAGACUCAAGGUACAGCUGUAGAUUGUUUAGAACUCAAACAUACAACUGGUUUUGCCGCCACAUGUUGUUGUGUGUUUAGUGACACCAGAGCAGUUGGUCCCCCUGUCCCAGGCUGUGUAGAUCUGACCCUGUGUGUGUUUGGUGUGUAUUGCAGGUGCUGGAUGUACUGGAGCUAUGUGUCUGUGUACUGAGUGAGAAGGAGAAUGAGCUGCUACCCAUGGCUCACCGCUGCUGGCCUGCCCUCCUGCUCCGACUCACUGCUGAUUGUCCUCCGAUCCUUCAGGGUAUCUAUCUCACUACUUCCACCACUCUGACAAUUAGUACACUACUAUUUAACUCAGUUGAAUAAUUAUAAUUUCAUAAUUGUUUAUAUAAUAAAUAAUUGAUGACAUCAAUUUGAAAAAGUACACAUAGGAAUUAAUUUAUUUAAUUAACGAUUAGACUUUAUGCUGUCAUGAAUGUAUACAUGAUUCAUCUAGAACAAUUCUUUUUUAUGUAUUAUGAUGUAUGUCUGUGUUUGCUCUCUAGGUACUGUGCACACUGGGGGAAACCUGCUGAGAUUUCCUGAGGAAGAGGGUGUCCAAACUGACUGCCUCUCUGUCCAAACAGGCUCCAGUGAGUGCCAGGGCCGGCCCAGUUUACAGCCACGCCCUGGCCUACAAGCUGCAGCUGGCUGUGCUGCAGGGCCUGGGGGCUCUCUGCCUCCGCCUGGACCUAGGUAGGCCACCAACACCCUCGCACUUCUUUAUUCUGGGUCACACUCGGCUCUGUUUUCAUCAUUUUAUUGGGAAUGUUAAAACUAUAUAGCUUUUUGGCCACUAGGUGUCAAUCUUGCACUGUUUUGGAAUUACAAAGUGUGUAUCCUAUAGACUGCAUUGAAUGGUGUAUGUAAAUGUCCCCAACCAAGCUCCCAGGGGAAAAAUACAUUGCUGCUGCAUUAGUCAAGGGAGAUGGAGACACACACAAGUCAGAGCCAACAUGACACCCACUGGUUUUCAACAGUAGAUCUGUUUGGAUACACUUCAACUAGCUGAGUCGAUUCAUGGUCUUCCUUGGUGCUUGAAGAUGCUGCCUCCUUCCCCAUCAGCCCCAGAGGAAUACAGCUGAGUAGGCUGAAGUUGACACACUGAGAGACCGAGGCUGCAGCAGCAGAAGCAGUACUAGAACACACUGGUAAACAUCGGCUCCACCUCCAGAAAGGCAAUUACUAGCCAGGCCACAGAGAAAGAUAAAUUCUUCCAAUGUGAUACGCUUUUAGCUUUAUUUACCCUAUAGAGAAACACCUGGGCUGGCCUCUCCCUCAGUAUUUCGCUGUGUGUUUCCCGCUUGUUUCCACACAAGAGAAGGGAUAGGUAUACAGGAUAAAAUGAGUGCUGAAAUAAUCCCAUUUAUCUUUUGAAAUAUGCACAAUGAGCAGGCUUGUUUUUCAGCUGUGUGGGUUGAAUUGCCAAAUAAUCAAAGCGUCGCUACUGACCUCAAGUGAGACGCGUAAAGGCAUAUUUUGAAAUGAUGUUUGAAUGGUGGCCCAGUUAGGAGCUUAGGGAAUAUGUGUCUGGGGGGGGGGGGGGGGGGGGGGGGGGGGUGGUACUACAAAGUGAUGAAGUUGCCAUGACUAUGAAAGGUACUGAGAGUGGGGAGUGGAUGUGUGAAAACCAGAGAUGGAGACAGGCUGCUGUGAAAUUCCCAGGCCAUUUCAGCAGUUUUCUCCUCCAAACAAUCUCUCCAUUACUUUUUUCCCCCCAUUUUUUUUCUUCUUUCCCUCAGUUUUACUUCUGGUAUAUGUGGGGUAUCUGUGUUGUAUUUUUCAGGGGACUCAGACCUGGAUGCUGUAACUGAAGCCUGCCUGCCCUACCACCCAAACUGCAAGAGGCCUGUCUCAGGUAUAUUUGUAAAGCAAUAAUACAGCUAGAAGUACAAUAUAUUAAAAGGCCUUGACAUACACUAUAUAUACAAAAGUAUGUGGACACCCCUUCAAAUUUGUGGAUGUGGUUAUUUCAGCCACACCCGUUGCUGACAGCUGUAUAAAAUCGAGCACAGUCAUGCAAUCUCCAUAGACAAACAUUGGCAGUAGAAUGGCCUUAAUGAAGAGCUAAGUGACUUUCAACGUGGCACUGUCAUAGGAUGCCACCUUUCCAACAAGUUAGUUAGUCAAAUUUCUGCCCUGCUAGAGCUGCCCCGAUCAACUGUAAGUGCUGUUAUUGUGAAGUGGAAAUGUCUAGGAGCCACAACAGCUUAGCCACGAAGUAGUAGGCUACACAAGCUCACAGAACGGGACCGCCGAGUGCUGAAGCGCGUAGAGCGUAAAAUUUUGGAAUGAGGUGUUCGACAAACGGGUGUCCACAUACUUUUGGUCAUGUAGUGUAUUUUAACACAUCAUACAUUGUGGUUAAGCAUGUGUAAUUUAUGACCUUUAUCUAUCAGCUUUCUAUUAUAAUUUUAUUAAGUUACAUUUAUCAAUGUGCUAUCGCUAUUCUGUGCAGUGUCUUCCGGCACCUGAUUGAGGUGGACCCUGAUGCCUUCUGGUUGACUCUGAAUGAGCUGUACUGUCCGUCCCUGCUCCUACACCCCACCCCACCCUGA